CGAGGCUGCCGCCACGCGCCCCGACACCUUAACGCCACUUCGUACGGCGAACGCGACCACGAUUUCGCUGUUUGCCGCCCGCUCAACCCACAACCACUCAAUGAAUAUUUAAUCAAACCGAUAUCUACGUCAAGCCGGCAAAUCAAUGAGCGAAUCCUUCGCCACACCAACAAACUCUUGACAACACUUUUGUUGACAUAUCACCAAUAGAUACAAAAGUUCGGAGUUUCCUUCUUUAUAAUGCUGAUGGGUUAAAUAAAUAUUAAAACAAUAUGAACUGCCUGGGAUGCGCUUGGCAGUCUACAGUAGUAUUAUUACUUUUAAUGAAUGCAAGUCCUGUUACAUCAUCCGACGAAUCGUUGUUCCCUCGCUUCGUGGAACCGGUGCCCAACGUUACGGUGACUGUCGGAAGGGACGCCCUUCUCGCGUGCGUCGUCGAGGAUCUUAGAGGAUACAAGGUCGCAUGGGUACGUGUAGACACUCAAACCAUUCUGAGCAUCCAUCACAAUAUAAUAACCCAGAAUCCACGCAUCAGUCUGUCGUACAACGACCACCGCUCGUGGUAUCUACACAUCAAGAAUGUACAAGAGGUAGAUCGCGGCUGGUACAUGUGUCAAGUCAACACCGAUCCUAUGCGCUCAAGGAAAGGUUACCUACAAGUCGUUGUACCGCCCAUGAUUAUCGACAAUAUGACUUCUACGGAUAUGGUUGUCCGGGAAGGAACAAAUGUUACCAUGGUUUGUAGAGCCACAGGCUACCCUGAGCCAUAUGUCAUGUGGAGACGUGAGGAUGGUCAGGAGUUUAAUUGCAAUGGUGAAUCAGUGAAUGUAGUUGAUGGAGAGAAUCUAACUAUAUCGAAAGUAUCAAGACUACACAUGGGAGCAUAUCUUUGCAUCGCUUCCAACGGCGUGCCGCCUUCGAUCAGUAAACGAAUCGUAUUAAUGGUACAGUUCCCGCCGAUGUUAUCGAUCCCGAAUCAGUUGGAGGCUGCAUAUGUAGGGCAGGACGUAACGCUGGAAUGCCACACAGAGGCCUACCCAUCCUCUAUUAACUACUGGACCACGGACCGUGGAGAUAUGAUCAUAUCUGGUAACAAAUAUGUAACAGCAUUAAACGACGAUAGUUAUAGUCGAAAAAUGAAACUGACUAUACGUAAAGUAUCGUCCAGGGAUUUCUCAUCUUACCGUUGCGUAGCUAAGAAUUCCCUCGGUGAGACGGAUGGUCUUAUUCGACUUGACGAAAUUCCAGCUCCAUCAACAACAAGUACAACAAUUAAUUACGUCCCGACAUUUCCUCAACGAAAAAAAGGUAAACACAAGAACCGAUGGCGAGAUACUUCAGCAGAAAAUAGAGUUAUAGGAGAUUAUGAAGUUGAGGAAUGGAAAGAUAUCGAUUAUGAAUCAACUCAAUCUUCUAGUUCUUCUAGGAUUCAUGGCUUCAUUUACAGCACUUUUGCCGUGGCCCUUCUUAGCUGACACGUCGUUGAAAAUUUCAAAGAACUCUUGUAGUGCCAAUUGAUUGUGAAGUGUCUAUAAAACUAACUCCGUGAACAAAAAAAAGUAUUUUUCAUAGUUGUUAUUCUGUAAAUAAUUAUUAUAAAUGUGUGUAGCUGUUUCUGUUAAAAAAUACUUCAUAAAACAUCGAAUAAAUAUUUUUUCCCAAACAAGUUUCCAUCUGUACUACUGAGCAAAGAAACUUACCCACACAUACAUAUGUGGGUAUCUAAGUGCGGUUUGUAAUUUCAGGGCAUAAGUGGAAUGAAUUUCCUAGACAAGAGCAAUUAUAACUUAAAACGAUUUUCGACUAAGCAAAGUUAUAGUAUAAUUUUAAUUGAGAUUAUUUUACUGAAAGUUAUUUAUUCUGUAAGGUACUAGUUUACUUCUAGUUUUAUAUAUUUCUUAUUAUGAUUACAAUGACUCGAUUCUAUUUAAAGUAGAUGUUAAUUGAUUCGUAUCUUUAUAAAGACUGAUAGAUUUUACGGUAAUUGUGCCAUAUCUGGUUAUAUAUCGAAAUUCCAAUAUGUGUACAUAUAUAAGGUUGUUGUAAAUAUUAAUUAAAUGUAUUGUUUACUUAAUCUAUAACUGAGAGUUGAUAUCAACGA